AUGGUUAACGAAGCUUCGUCUUCUGGUAAUUAUAAGCGGAACACCAACAACAACCACCAAAAUAAUGAGAGUAGGCCACCAAGGCGCAAUUUCCAAGGAAAUGCAAAUGGUAGUGCUAAUGCAAAUCCAAAUGCGAGACGCCGAAACAACCAUAGUAAUCUAAGUAAUAAUAAUAAUAAUAAAUUUAAAAGAAAUGAAGCUCGUGAAGUUAACAUGAGCGGCUAUGGCAAGAUGAUUAGCCAGAUAGAGGAAAAUUUUUCUGAUAUAAAGAUAGUAGGUGAUUAUACAGAAGAAUGUACCAUCUGUUGCAAGAAAUCUGAUGUUUUUGGUUUGGGAAACUGUCGGCAUCCCGUUUGUAUUGAAUGUGCCAUCCGUAUUCGAGUGAUUUCUAAUCAGAAUGUAUGUCCUGUCUGUCGUACUGAACUUGACACCUGUUCAUUCAUGUGGUGUACCAAGGACUUCUCUUUCGCUCACUUGGCUACAGCCAAGUUGGGACAUAAAGAUGAAGAUCGUUUCAAAGUACGGUUCCAGACAAGAGACGUUCUGGAUAGAUACAAUCAGUACCUAGCACAUACUUGUAAGAAAUGUGUGAAUGAUGAUGGCUCCCGUCUUAGUUUUUCAAAGUUCCAAGCUCUCCGACAGCAUAUGCUCUCUGCUCAUCAGCUUACUUAUUGUAAAUUAUGCACGGACAACCUCAGUACUUUCUCUAGAGAAUGGAAGACUUAUAGUAGAACCGAAUUGAGUCGCCAUACCGCAGACGGUGAUGGAGAUUAUUCAAGUCAGAAAGGACAUCCUAAAUGUCUCUUCUGUGCUGAAAGAUUCUUCGAUACAGAAGCUCAGUAUAAACAUCUGCGAACGGAUCAUUUCUAUUGUCAAAUUUGUGAAACGAAUCCAGAAACUUCCAACACCUUCUUCAAGGAACAUCCUGAGCUUAUUCGGCACUAUGAAAAGAGUCAUUUCGUUUGCCAUGUACCCGAUUGCAAGAACGCUGGAAUCGUCUUCAAAACAAGCAUUGAGUUGUCCUUGCAUGAAUCAAGCGAACAUUCAAAGAAAGCAUUUAACUUAUUCAAUGAUCGACCAUCAGAUCGAGGAGAUAGACGUAAUCGAGGUAGACAACAAGCAGCACCACCUCCGCCACCGCCACCUCCUGAGCCUCCUAGAAGAAACGUCGAAGUAGUUGUAGUAAGAUCAGCUCAGUCAGCAGGAACAACCAUUGUGGGAAGAAAUCGUUUCAAUGAUAUGACUAACGAUUUCCCGUCACUUCCAAACGCUGGGCCUAUCCCUGCUCAUGAAAGAGUUGUUGUCCCAAGUGAGUUUCCAAGACUUUCGCGUGUAGGACGACCUAACCAACCGAAGCCUGCUCAACCAAGAUCGGUUGAAGAAGAGUUCCCAACUCUUGGUGGUCGGCCCUCACGCCCAGCGACAACACCUGCCACAAAUUCUACUUCUGAAAACUGGAGAAGACACACUGGAGCAUUCGAUUUGAUCGAUGACGACGAAAGAGCUGGAUCUAUGUCUCAACCUGCUUCGGUUGCCAGACCUGUAGCCAGAACAGCUCCUGCCGUUGCUAAGCCAUCUACAAGCAAACCUGCAACGAAGAAGCCUACUCCACCAGCUCCUGUUCAUACAGAAGAUUUCCCAGCUCUUCCUAGUACUUCUGCACUAGCUAGUAAUAGUUCUUGGGCUGCAAAGACCAAGAAGAGUGCUAUCACUGGAGUCAAAAUGCCGAAUAAGAAGAGUAACUUACCGGUACCUGAUAUGUGGCCGACAAGACCAGUUAGUACCCCUUAUGAACCUCCGACGCCUGAGGAGUGGAAAGAGGUUCCUGUUACAAAAAAAUUGACGAAAAGAGAAAAAAGAGAACAACAAAAAAUGCUGGAAGAAGCAGCUCUUCGAGAAGCAGAACAGAGGGCUCAGGACGAGUUGGUUGAGAAACGGAGAAGAGAAGCUGAAGAAGUAGCCGAAGCUGAAGCAGACGCUGCUCAUAAGUUACAACAAGAAGCAGCCGAUGUUGAUUUACAAACAGCAAUUUUGAGAGAUAUUCAGUCGUCUUCUGGCAAGAAAGAGAAUAACUCAAAGGGCAAGAAUAAGAAAAAGAAGAAGGCUGACACGGCGGAUGUCGUUGUGGAACCAAAGGAAGAGAAGAAACCAUCAACUCAAAACUCCUUCCUUAACAAUGCAGAACAUGGUUGUGAUUUCAAAAAAUUGAAAGCUGAAGCUGAUGCUCCAAAAAGCGAUCCCAAGCCAACUGAAGAAACAGAGCAGAGCCCUGAUAUGGUUUCGUGGUUCCUGUCCUCUGUUUCACAAAAAUUUUCGGGUCUCUCUUUGUCCAACAUAAUGGGGAAGAAUGCGGCAGCACCUCUCUCUUCGCUACCUUCGACACCUGUGACUCCAGGCAACACUUCCGUUUAUGAAACGCCAUCAAGUGUCUGCUAUGCAACACCUCCAGGUCUUGCUAGAACACCGGCCCAACAGCAACAACCGCAACCAUCAGUACAACCGACAGCGCAGCCUUCUGCUUCUAUUGUCUACACAGCUCCUCCAGGCUUUGAAAAUAUGUUACCACCACCUGGCUUACAACCUACUGGAGCAACGAAACAGACACAAAUGUUUUCCAUGGCGCCUUUCAUAUCGGAUAGCGACGUGAAGAAGCCAAAGGCUGCUGAACCAAAAACUGCAGAGAACAUAGACGGGUGGCUUCAGCAGAAAAAAUAA